AUGACGCUCUCUCCUUCAAUCCUUACCACGCGGUUCUUCCGCCACAUAAUUCAACGCCAAUUCCCCUCCAUCGCACCAACGAAGCAGUUUGGCCCUUCAUCCUUCCAGGCCCAAUGCUUUCUCCGAUCCUCCUCCCCCUUGAAUGCCUUCCAUAAGAACUUUUCCACCACCUCACAGCUCCAAGCGACAUUAAAUCAAGUACGACGAGGCUGCCGAUCCGGCCAAAAGGCACGAAAGAAGCGAUCACCGGCGCUCGUGAACCGCCCCCAGCUGAAAGGAGUGUGCUUGAAGACGCAGGUUGAGAAGCCGAAGAAGCCUAACUCUGGGGAAAGAAAGACUGCAAGGGUCAAGCUUAGCAGUGGGAAGGUUAUUACGGCUUAUAUUCCUGGCGAAGGCCACAAUAUUCAGCAGCACAGUGUCGUUUUGGUACGAGGCGGGAGAUUGCAGGAUUGUCCUGGUGUGAAAUAUCGUCUUGUUCGUGGGGCAAUGGAUUUGAAUGGUGUUGGAAACCGGCUAACCAGCCGAUCGAAAUAUGGAACUAAGAAACCGAAGGCCUCGACAUAA